CUCACCCUCAGUGUGCGGUGCAUUUUGGGAAACUGAGUCCUACAUCCUGAAUAAUUAAAGCACCAUUUGUCGUGAGCAAGAUGCCGGCCGUGCACAAGUUACUGCUGGAGGAAGCGCUACAGGACAGCCCGCAGACACGCACGCUGCUCAGUGUGUUUGAAGAAGAUGCGAGCACUCUUACGGACUACAGCAACCAGCUCUUGCAGUCUAUGCAAAGAGUGUUUGGUGCACAGAACGAGAUGGCGCUGGCCACUGAACAGCUCUCCAAGCAGUUACUUGAGUAUGAGAAACAGAACUUUGCUCUCGGGAAGGGAGAUGAGGAGGUGAUCGGCACUCUUCAACAGUUUGCCAAAACCAUAAAAGAGCUCAACUCUCUGCAUGUUGAUUUGGCCACUCAGAUGGCUGAUAGGAUGGUGUUUCCCAUGGUGCAGUUCAGGGAGAAGGACCUGACUGAAAUAAGCACACUGAAGGAGAUAUUCGGAAUCGCUACUGACGAGCAUGAGGCCGCCAUGAUCAAAUACAGCCGACUACCCAAGAGGAGGGAGAAUGAGAAGCUGAAAUCUGAGCUGGUUGGUGAGGUGGCAUAUUGUCGUAGGAAGCAGCACCAGGCCUCCAUGCAGUAUUACUGUGCUCUCAAUGCCUUACAAUACAGGAAGAGAGUAGCCAUGCUGGAGCCCAUGCUGGGAUACACACAAGCCCAGAUCAACUUCUUUAAGAAAGGGAUAGAGCUGGUCUCCAAGAAAAUGGACAGUUUUCUGGCUUCUGUCAAUAGCAUGUCUGAGAGUGUUCAGGCUCAGUUGGAUGCUGAGGCAGAAAGCAUGCGUAUGUCUCAGAGAGAGCUGUUGUCAGUAGACGAUAUCGUCUACAUGCCUGACCAGGAUCGUGCACCAGUCAACCGCACGCUCAUCCAGAAAGCAGGCUACCUCAACAUUAGGAAUAAGACGGGCCUGGUGAGCACAGCCUGGGACCGGCUCUAUUUCUUCACCCAGGGGGGAAACCUGAUGUGCCAGCCCCGUGGCGCAGUGGCGGGUGGCAUGGUCCUCGAUUUGGACAACAGCUCUGUCAUGGCGGUCGAGUGCGAGGACAGGCGCUACUGUUUUCAGAUCACAUCACCUAGUGGGAAAACGUCUUUGAUUCUUCAGGCUGAGAGCAAAAAGGAGUACGAGGAGUGGAUCUGCACCAUUAACAACAUUUCUAGACAGAUCUACCUAACGGACAACCCUGAGGCUGUGGCCAUCAGACUCAAUCAGACAGCCAUACAAGCAGUCACUCCCAUCACCAGCUUUGAAAAGAGAGCAGAGGGCUCCCCGAACCCUGACAGGGCUAAGCCAGGCGCAGUGGUCACUGCCAGUGUUAAAAAAGCCCCUGCUGCCCCUGCUGUCCCUGCUGCCCCUGAGCCCGAGGACCUGAUUGCCCCAGGGACACCCAUCCAGUUCGAUAUUGUGCUUCCUGCAUCGGAGUUCCUGGACCAGAACAGGGCAGGAGGAAGACGCACAAACCCUUUUGGUGAGACCGAAGUGGACAGCUCAUCAAACGCUGACGACUCCUUGCUACAGCAGGUGUUUGCUGUGCGUUUCCUUGGCUCUAUGGCAGUGCGCUCUGGACACACACAAGAAGUUAUUUACGAGGCCAUGAGGCAGGUGCUAGCUGCUCGGGCGAUACACAACAUAUUUAAAACCAGCGAGUCGCACCUGAUGGUAACAAGCAGCUGCCUUCGGUUGAUUGACCCUCAGACACAGGUCACUAAAAUAAGUUUCCAGCUCAGGGACGUCACCCAGUUCGCAGCGCAUAAGGAGAACAGCCGGCUCAUGGGAUUUGUGGUAGAGGGGAGAGACUGGAGUGAGGGAGAGGAGGAGGGAGAGGCGUCUUUCAGCGCCUUUGUGUUUGAGAGCAACACUGAGGGAGAGAAGAUCUGCUCCACAAUAAACAUUGGAAAGGAGAUUACAGAAGCUAAAAAGGAUCCAGAUGCUCUGGCCCAGCUGAUGAAAUCCGUGCCACUGACCAGCGACGGGAAGUUCCUGCUGCUGGAGAGUGAGACCGGAAAGGCAGCGAAUGGAGAAGGAGACGAUGACUUGGAGUCUGAGGCCUGAAACCUGUUUCGGCUUCUCAAAGGAUAAGAGCUGAUCCAGCGCUUGUUUUUUUUUUUUUUUUGGUCUCUUAUGCUCUAAUGAAGAUCUAGAGAGCUGAUCCUAGAUACACACACUUUACACGCAAACUGACUAGAGACUCUUAUCUUACAGUACAUUACGGCUCUACUCUAAUGCCUCAGACGUCUAAAUACCAAGUUUGCUCUUGUAUACAAAUAAUCCACAAAGGAUGAACAGAGGUUUACAUUGAUGAAUGAGUUUGCCUUCUAGCAGCUAAUCAAUACAGAGUAAUAUAGCUCUGCUAAAUACCACACAUACCUUCAUUCUCAUCAAUCUGACAGAUCAUUUCGUUGUGUUGUGUCCACAUUUGCCUUCUCCUGUGAAGAAAAGAGGACCCUAUUUAGAAGUACUGGCACGAGAGCUUCUUGUACACAUACAUCGGACAGGUUCAUUUUCCUUUUUGCACUUUUUUUUUGACCCCUUAGUUCACUCCAAUUUAUUUCUUUCUGCAUACUUCAGGAGCUUAAUAUAAAGGUGUGCCAUGUGAUUACUUUGUUGUACUGAGACAUACUGUAGAAGCAGCUUCUUAAUGAAAGAUUGCUCGUAUAAAUGAAUGGGCAUUUACUGACAUUCGUAGGUUUAUAGGUUUAAAAACAAUUGCUAAGCACAUUAUUAGCAGUAUUAGAAAGCCUGUACUCAUGGCUAGACCUGCCCUGUUAAAGCUUAGAAUGUAACUGCACUUCCACUGCAUGUCGAGUUUCGGAUAAGUGCACUAAUCAUAGUGCAUUUUAAUGGUAAUGUGAGUGUACUGUAAUCUAGCUAAAUUCCACCCAGACUGUCAAGAGGCAAUACUUUCUCUGUGUGAUAAAUCUGGAGCUGGUUCAGCUCUCUGCGUGCUGAUUUAUUAGUUUACUUGCAAAAAAAAAAAAAAACACACGAGUCUAUUUCACCAUACUUUUUCCUCAGGUCAUUUGACUUAGAGAAGUGUAAACUUCUUACAUUCCUUUAUAAUUUAAUCUCAAAUUUCACAUCCAGGGUCCAAGCGCUAGUGCUCUGUUUACAAUGAAUGAAAUGCACUUUGAGGUUUAAACUAGUUUACAAAAAAAAUAAUAACACUAUGUAAGAUUUAAAAAGAUUCAUGAAUAUUACGAUAAUCUCUUUAGUAUGAAAUAUAUACAUCUUAAGUAAAUUGUGGUUAUGUUUAUUAGGUUAUGUAAAGGCGAGGUACAUUAAAUGCUCAAAUGAAAUGGAAAUAUGCCUUUUUUCCCCAUUUACAUAUAAACUGUAAGUGCUGCAGUUUUUAUUGGUUAAUAGCAAUAGGUCUAUCAGCUAAAUUCAAAACCACUUUCUUUUAAAUAUACUAGCUUGUGUGGCUCCUUGACUACAUUUCUGUUUCUUCCAAAAGGGCUUUUUUCCUACAUAAUCCUCAUCUGCUUGCUUCGCUGUAUUAAAGAUUUGCCUACGGACAUGAUUUGAAAUUAUCUGUUGCAAUCUGAAUCACAAAUUUGCUGCACUUCAGUAUUGUAUAUUAAACAAAAAUAUGCAUGUAGAAGCCUUCCCACAAUAAUUGUUGGUUUGUGCAUCAACACUGGCACGUCUACACUUUAACUGCUAGCAAGCCGUUAAGUGUAGGAUCAGCUGGAGGUCAGGCUACAGCUUUGGUUGUUUAUCACCGAGUUUCGGAUUCAGACUCAAGUGCGUAUAAACGCCUAUCUGCUGCAAGCUGCGUGAGUUUCAAAAGACAAACAAUGGCAUUUGAUGAAACCUGUGUGGGAGCAGACCACUCCUAACAAUAAUUACGGUUAUUAAUUGAGCUGCUUGUCUAGAAGGCUUUGCACAUGGCUUUUCUUAAACAAAUGUAAUAACUUUUAAUAAAGCUCUAUUCUAAGAGC